GGCAUGUGCCCUGACGGGGAAUCGAACCCUGACCUCCUGGUUCACAGGUCGAUGCUCAACCACGGACCCACGGGCCGGACAAUUCUCGUUGCCUUUGACUCUCCCUCUGUGGACAGUGCCAGGUGAAUAGGACUCCCUGUGGGAAUAAUGACUGGCUAGUUCUCCCAGGGGUGAGAUCUGCCGGGACCUGUGCCCAUGUCAGAGCCGCACCCAGGGCAGCGCGUGAACCCGUCACCCUGGCAGGAACGGGCCUGCUGUGCUGAUUGUGAAACCUGGGUGUUUAUUCAUGGGGUUCCCGUCUAUUAAAACUCGGACGCUGAAAUGAAAGAGACCCUGUUCCGGUUAUUUGGGAUCCUUCCCAUCAGGCGACACAGGUGUUACUCCUCCUGGCUGCAUCCCAGGAGUCGCGACCAGGACACGACCAGGAGAAGACGACCCGGCCGAGGUUAACGGGACGUUAACGGGACGUCGGUGGAAAGAGAAGGCGGGCGCCUGCGAGCAGGAAGGAGGUCGUUGCUCAGUCAACCACGGAGCCACGCCGGCCGGGCCCUGGAUGGUUCUAAGGCCCACAUUCCUCCCCUGAAGAUUCAAGGCAAAGAGGAUGGAGAGCAGACCCUUUGGCGAGAGGAGCAGCAGCCGGACCGCCGUGAAGCAGAUGGACGACGGGUCCCCGUCCAGGAGAGUGUCCGGCUUCUGUUCCCUCCGCUGCGGGCUGGCCCUCCUCCUGCAUUUCUGCAAUGUCUCCAUGAUGUCCCAGCGCGCCUGUCUCAGCCUCACCAUGGUCGCCAUGGUGAACGGCACGGGCCCCCAGGGCUCGCCCAACACCUCCGCCCCGGAGCCCCUGGACGACGUCAAGAACCCCGUGUACAACUGGAGCCCCCAAACCCAGGGCAUCAUCUUAAGCUCCGUCACGUACGGGAUGCUCAUCACCCAAGUGCCCGUGGGGUAUCUGUCCGGAAUCUACCCCGUGAAGAACAUGGUCGGCUCUGCCUUGCUCCUCAGCUCCCUGCUCAGCCUGCUCACGCCGCUGGCGGCCGGGGUCGGGGAGUCCGCGGUCAUCGCCUGCCGCGUGGCCCAGGGGCUCAGCCAGGGGACGGUGCUGGUGGCUCAGCACACUGUCUGGACCAAGUGGGCACCUCCGCAGGAACGAGGCCGGCUGACCUCUCUGAGUCUAUCAGGGCUGAUGCUGGGACCCUCCGUGGCCCUGUGUGUGACGGGGCUCAUCUGCCAGGCCCUGGGCUGGCCCAUGGUCUUCUACAUCUUCGGGGCCGGCGGCUGCACCCUGAGCCUCUGCUGGUUCCUUCUGUUUUACGAUGACCCCGAGGGCCACCCGUGCAUCAGCCCCGCGGAGAAGGAGUUCAUCGCGUCCUCCCUCGUGGAGCAGGCCGGCUCCGUGGGAAAAUCCGUGCCCAUCCGGGCCGUGCUCAAGUCUCGGCCGGUCUGGGCCAUUUCCCUCGGCUGCUUUGCUUUUUCCUGGACGAAUCACGUCAUGUUUUUGUAUUUGCCGACUUUCAUCAGCUCCAAGCUCCACGUUAACGUGAGAGAGAACGGGCUGCUGUCCGCCCUCCCCCAUCUGUGCUGCUGGCUCUUCUGCCCAGGCCUCCUCCUGCCCGCCGUCUUCGUGGUGGGCCUGCUCUACCUGGGUCCCGGCUUCCACGGCACCAUCGCGUGCCUCACGCUGGCCAGCGCCACACUGGGCUUCUGCGUCGCCGGGAUGGUGAUCAACCCCCUGGACAUCGCCCCCAGAUAUUACGGGUUUCUGAAAGGAGUCACGGUUCUCAUUGGAAUGACAGGGGGGCUCAUUUCGUCCACUCUGGCUGGGAUAAUCCUCAAUCAGGACCCGGAGGCCGCCUGGUCUGCCAUCUUCUUCCUGGUGGCGGCCGUCAACGUGAGCAGCCUCCUCUUCUACCUGGUCUUCGCCGCGGCCGACGUGCAGGCCUGGGCCCAGGAGAAGCAGCUCACCCGGCUCUGAGGGCGCAGGGCGGGUGGCGGGCGGGUGUGAGCGGGCGGCUACCCUGUCUCCUGGGCUGUGACCACGUGGCUCUGGCUGUUCCGGGCGUUUCUUUGGUGGCAGCUGCGCCCGCCGUCUGCUGGGCGUUUGGACACGGUCUCGCCGGGGCUCUCAGCCCGCCUCCCGCGGUCCUGGCUUCCUCUCUCGCCCGGGUGAGCAGUUGUCCUCCGGCCCCCGAUGCUCUCACCGGGACAACGGGAGGUGAUUGGUUCCAUGUCCACAACACGCCUGGAGCCACACGCGUGGGGUUUCCACCGAGCUGUUCUCCAGACUCUGCAGACGCCAGCGGGGUGUCCUCGGAUGUCACUCAGACGCCGACUACCCAGAGGUCGUCCAGACCCCACGGUUCAGGGCUGGGUCCCCCGAUGGCCCUGGCGUCAGACACCGACCGGAGUGGCGGUGCCCGAGGUCCCCACGCUUCUGUUGCUACCACGACCCACCCCUCGGUGUGACAAUUUGCUAGAGUGACUCACAGAACAUAGGAAACAGACGGCUCUCUAGCAUCGUUUAUUAUAAAGGCUGUAACUCAGAAACGGCCCAAUGGGAAGGUACACAGAUGGGGGUGGGGAGACAGGCAGGGGCUCCGUGCCCUCCCCGGGGGCACCCCCUCCCCACACCUCCCUGGAGUCACCCACCCGGAAGUUCUCAGAGCCCGUCACUUGGGGUUCUUAUAGAAAUCUCAUUGCGCAGGCGUGAGGGUUCAGGCAUGGACCACUGAUGAACACCCCCGGCUCCAGCCCUUCUCCCCUCCUGGAGGCUGGCCCCCGGCAGCAGCCCCCACCCCGAGGCUCGCGGGGCCCCGGCCGCAGUCCCCUCACCUUGAACCACAAAGACACUCAUCGCCCCAGAAAGUCUAAGGGUCUUAGCAGCUCGUGUGACACCAACGAGGGACUCAGACCAAA